GCAACUUUUAUAAAUACUUCUUGUAAGGAGAAUAUUUAAAGAAUAGAGCAGAAUAUAAAGGCUAUCUUGCUUGCUACGUGUCUGCUAGUCUCAUCAAAUCUACAGGUAAAGAUGCGUGCGUUAGCUUGUCUUGUAUUUAUCGCUCUGGCACACGCCAUUCGAGGAAAUCCGGAUCUUUAUAAAGGUCCCCUGGGGAGCAGAGAUGCUCCAAUCGGCAAAUUUCCAUAUCAAGUUAUUUUGAGAUAUGAGGACAUCUCCGGUCCUGGGGUUGACAAAUGCGGUGGAUCUAUUCUCAAUAAUCGUAACAUAUUAACCUCAGCAUAUUGUAUCAACCUUGAUGAGCUGGAUAAGCUAAAAGCUCAUGUCGGAACAAACUUCUUUACCGUGCCAGGAGAUAUUUAUGACGUAGCCGAUGUUACCAUCCACGAAAAAUAUAAUGAAACCACUGAGGAUUAUGAUAUUGCCUUAAUUCACCUUAAAACUCCUAUCGAAUACAACAAGCUAGUACAACCGAUAAAUCUUAUGACAACCGAUAAAGAUCUCUUUGGCAAUCCGUGCACACUAACUGGAUGGGGAAGUAGAGGGGCUUUUAAUGGAGUCGUUAUUGAUUCCUUGCAAGAAGUUGAGUUGAUAGUUUGGGAUAAUCAGGAAGACUUGGCGACUACUCAAUUUUGUGCUUUGACAGGAGAAAAAGAACUUGCGUUACAAUAUCUCUUUGGUAGCCCUUUAGUAGCCAAUGGAAAUCAAAUUGGAAUCUUAAGCAGCAAUGGAGACCCUGAUGAACUUUCUGCACCGACGUACGAAUCACGUUUAAAGAUUUUCACAAGAGUAUCCGAUUUAAAAUGGAUCAGUACGAAUUUAAAGAAUUAAAAGAUAUUAUUUAAUAUGUUUAUUAGAAUGCCAUUUUGUUUUACGAAAUUUAUAAUUUAAUUACUAAUAUAAUAUAAGCAAAUACAUUCUGCAAAAUGUAUUUCCUGUAUUCCUAUCAGUUAAAUAAAUUACCAAUGCAAAUAA